UCGCUCACUACUUCCUCAUAAGCUAUAGCUCUGAAAUCAUAAAGUCGCAAAGUCAACAAACUUCGUGAUCAUUUGGUACUCAGCGCAUGUUGUAAACAGGACUCAAAUGCACCAUGUUCCGUGCAAAAUUGAUAUCUUUCAUGUCUUUGAUGUUGUUGGGAGUUAUAGCGGUGUGCUGUAUUUCGGGAUCGUCUGCUAACAGGAAUGUGUACCGAAAUGUUGGACCUUACAAAUGGCGGUUGGAUGGAUGGCCCUCGAACAGGGAGCCGGGGUUCAAGGCGAGGAUUUCGCAAAACGGCCUUGACUUUCUGAGAGAUGUCGGUAUUCACAUGCUACAAACGAAGAUUCAGCAGCUUACCAUUCCUGACAUUCACGGCAAGGCUGACGUCAAAGUCGGUCAUAUUUAUUAUGACGUCACAAAAAUGCACAUAACGACUUUCUCUAUCCCCUCGGCUACUCUGACUACCAAUCCGACAGCUGGUGGGCUAACACUGAAGACGAGCGGGGUAUCUAUUAAGGUGCAUGGGGACUGGCAUUACAGUACUCAUGGAUUUAUCCACAUUUCCGACUCUGGUAGUUUUGACGCUGGUGCCAAUUCGAUCACACUUACUGUAACGUUGAGGAUAGGAGUUGAUGCUACCGGUCGACCUAGCAUUUCAUCUCAGGCAUCAGACUGUUCUUUCAGUGUCGGUGGGCUUGAUAUCAAACUUCACGGUGGAGCCAGCUGGCUAUACAACCUAUUUGAUCAUGACAUCGGAAACGCCAUCAAAGAUUCUUUGAAUAGUCAGAUCUGUAGUACAGUUGUUGAUGAGGUGAAUGGCAGUUUGGAAGACGAACUUAAAACAUUGCAAGUGAUUGCUCCUGUAGAAGAUAUCAUCGAGAUUGACUACUCAUUGGUAGAAAGUCCUUCCUUCAACGGAUCUAUCAAUACAGCUCACAAGGGUGAAGUGUAUCCACUAGGAAACAAGACCGAAUGCCCUCUACCGGUUCCUCAGAUUCCACCAGAUUCGGAUGUUUCUCGCAUGGUGUUCAUCUGGAUAACCGAAUAUCUGCCUAACUCUGCCGGUUAUGUGCUUCAGAACAUCGGUUUUCUUCAGUAUAACGUGACCCCAGACAACGUCCCUGCCGAGGAGAAGUAUCUGCUGAACACAUCAAACUUUGCUCUUGAUCUUCUCAUCCCACAGAUUAACAAGAUGUAUCCAAACAUGGCUAUGCAGAUCAAUGUGAACAGCACCAAGGCUCCAGUGGUCAAAGUAGCCUCUACCGGGGUUCAAGCUGUCUUGGUCGGGGACUUCACCCCGUACGCAAUCUUGCCCAAUAAGACACUGGCGUACCUGUUCACACUCAGCGUGACCAUAUCAUCCAAGGUUACUGUGAACUUUACAUCCAACAACAUAACCUGGAACAUAUCGUCGUUUAGUACUACAAUGAAAGCGGUGCAUUCAGCGGUGGGCCCAUUUUUCACAUCAGCUCUUCAGUUGGCUGUUAACACCGCUAUCAAGGCUGAACUUGUUCCUAAGCUCAACCAGCUUGGUGCUGUUGGUGUCCCUCUACCUCAAUUGGAAGGAUUCAACUUUACCAAGCCCGUCGUCUCCCUAGGGGAGGGAUUUUUGAAGAUCGGAACAGACCUGACAUAUACUCCAUGAAUCUUGCACCUUCUUCAGUGUGUUCAACACAAGAAUUAACAAAUGAUAUUGAUGGUAUAGCAGGCUGGUGUAAAUGAACAAAAUGAAUAAAAAAUACGGACUACUUUAAGAUGGAAAAUGAAUAAGCACAUUAUAUCAUCACGUCUAAUUAAUCUGAUAACGCUAUGUGCACUUGAUACACUUGAUUUUUAUGGUCCACAAUAAUAAUAAUAAUAAUGAUAAUAAUAAUGACAAUGAUAAGUGUUUGUGCCUUAUUUAUGUUCUUGUCACAACAUUUGUUUUCUCUCCUUUUGUGCCAAAUAUUUGAACUGAUUGUAUAUUGUUUACUUUGUAUUAUUUUGUAUUAUGCUUUUCCCAAAGAAAUGAUACGAGGGGGCGACUGAAAAUCUUUGAGCCUAUCAUAAGGAUUGAGAAAUGUGAAAAAUUUGGGUCGUAAAAUUUGUCUCUUUUCUUAAUCCUUCCCGGCGCCGGGGUGGCCUGCCACCGAAUUUUUGGUCAUAGCAAUAUCGAGUCUUACCUGUUGGUAACUUUUCUGUAUCAGGUGUCUCACGCAAAAUGGACUAACCUGAGUAUCGAGCUGUAAUCAAACUUCUGCAGCUAAAAUGCAUGACCCCCAGCUUCGACUCGGCAGUCUUUGAGGGUAACCCUUCAAAUUGCCUGGAAAGAGUAGUGACUAUGAGACUUUAAUCAUUCAUAAUUAUCACCCUGAGAGCAAGGAA